GGGCGGAGGCGCACACCUGGGCUACCCCGCGCGGGGGCGGGGGCGGGCGUUAGGACCGAGGCGGCGCACCUGUUGGCGGGCUCUCCGGGCCCCGCCCGCCCUCCUCCCCGGGUGCUGGGCGGGCUGGCGCGACGGCGAGGGACAGCGGGAGCAGAGGGCCGGGGCCGUGGCAGUGGCAGCGGCAGCGGCGACCCGGGCGCACCAUGGCCGAGCUGCUGCGGAGCCUGCAGGAUUCCCAGCUCGUCGCCCGCUUCCAGCGCAGCUGCGGGCUCUUUCCGGGGCCGGACGAAGCCCCCCCAGAGAAGUGUGCGAGCCUCGCGGAGGGCGUGGCGCGGGCUCCUGGGGUCGGUCACCACCUCGCGGCUGACGACAAGGGCGGCGGGGGACCGGCCAAUGGGCUGCGCAGAGACCUGGCCCCGCAGGCUUAUGUACAGAAGUACGUCGUGAAGAACUAUUUCUACUAUUACCUGUUCAGAUUUUCAGCUGCUUUGGGUCAGGAAGUGUUCUACAUCACGUUUCUCCCGUUCACUUACUGGAAUAUUGACCCUUAUUUAUCCAGAAGACUGAUCAUCAUAUGGGUGCUGGUGAUGUAUAUUGGCCAGGUGGCCAAGGAUAUCUUGAAAUGGCCCCGCCCCUUUUCCCCUCCCGUCGUGAAACUGGAGAAGAGAAUGAUCGUGGAGUUUGGAAUGCCCUCUACCCAUGCCAUGGCGGCCACUGCCAUUUCCUUCACCCUCCUCAUCUCUACCAUGGAAAGGUACAAGUACCCUUUCGGCCUGGGACUGAUGAUGGCUGUGGUGUUCUCCACGCUGGUGUGCCUCAGCAGGCUGUACACCGGGAUGCACACGGUCCUGGACGUACUGGGUGGCGUGCUCAUCACCGCGGUCCUCAUCAUCCUCACCUACCCUUCCUGGACCCUCAUCGACAGCCUGGACUCCGCCAGCCCCCUCUUCCCCGUGUGUGUCAUAGUGGUGCCCUUCUUCUUGUGCUACAAUUACCCCGUGUCAGAUUACUACAGCCCGACCAGGGCGGACACCACCACCAUCCUGGCCGCCGGGGCCGGGGUGAUCAUAGGAUUCUGGAUCAACCGCUUUUUCCAGCUCGAGUCUGAGCCUGUGGCCUUGCAGCCUGUUAUCCAGCACAUCCCCCCGCUCACCACCGACAUGCUGGUUUUGAGUCUGACCAAAUUUGCUGUGGGAAUCGUGUUGGUCCUCCUGGUUCGCCUGCUGGUGCAAAAGCUCUCGCUGCAGGUGUUGUACUCCUGGUUCAAGGUGGUCGCCAGGAACAAGGAGGCCAGACAGAGACUGGAGAUCGAAGUGCCUUACAAGUUCGUCACCUACACGUCCGUUGGCAUCUGUGCGACCACCGUGGUGCCCAUGCUGCACAGGUUCCUGGGAUUGCUCUGAGGCCGUUGGAAGCGAGCCCACUGGACAAGAGCCAAGGUGUAGGGAAGUUGUCGGGUGGGCAAGUCUUGACAACACAUUUUAUUUUGAAGAAAUUCUUUAAGUCACAUGUGUGUUUUGCUGAUAGCCGUGAUAAAUGCUGUUACUGUAUGGAGGGGGGGGGUGUUGAAUUGUCUCAGAGGAGCAUCGGUCUGGAAGGGUCAUGCCACAUGGGAAGCCAGGCUGAAACCCACAGUCAAGUUCUUGAAGGGUCCCCACCCUCCCUGUGUGUCAGCUCAGAUGCUAGACCAAGUCAUGGGCCAGUGGGAAUAGUGGCCACAGCUGUGCCCGGCUCUGGAGAGGUGGGCAGGACCUGGGAGGCUGGGGGUCAGGCCUUUCUUUUCGGUGAUGGCCUUGCCCAGCGCUGAGUCUCCUUUCCCGAAUUGGAACUUAGGUCCAGGAGAAAGGGUGGCACCCUGUAAAACCGCAUUCCUUACAGUGACUCUCUUGCCAUUAUCAUCAAAUUAGCCUGCAGCGUCCCAGUCUCUGCAGGUGCGAAUAUUGAAACAGGGGUCUGUCCUUCCUGGUUUGUGCAUUUGGGGGGAUUCCAGGCACCAUCACUAUGCUCUUCUGAUCCAGGGACCUCCCCCCACCCCCGUUGCUCCUGCUGCACCAGGGGUGGGGGAGUGGGGAGGGUAAGCCUUCCUCAACAGCAGGUGGUGCACCUGGGCUUCUCUCAGUGCCCUGCUCGCUCCCGCUUCAGAGUGACUUGGGAUAAGCCCUCUCUCUGCCCAUCCUCAGCUUCUCUCGCUUCCUUACAAACUGUCGUCUGCAUGUAAAAGUGGGUCGAGAGAGGAACGGAGAACGUGGUUCUCUGUGAAGCCUGACCCAGACAGAUGCCACCUCACGGGCGCGGCCCGACCUGACCGUGUUCCUCCGUUUGUCCGCUGCUUUCUGUCCGUCUGUUUCUCUCCACCAAACAGGGCUCCCCACCCCCCGUCUGUCUGCCCUCCAUCUCUUGGCAAUUUUCAGGGUAAUUAAUGCAAGAGUAAUGUCAGCCGCUUUUGGGAAAACAAGCCAACCAAACACAACAGCCUUUGCACGGAGGGUGUGUCCUUGGGACAGGUAGGCAGGUGACCCACACCAGAGGCUGCUCUCGCAGGCCUGCUUUCCGGUUACUAAGAGUAAGGAACAAGUAGCAACAAUUUCCUCAGAAGUUAGUAUAAAAACGUAGUUAACAAAGUACCUUUUGUGGUCCAGCGCUGGGGCCACCGCCGUGGCAAUUUAUAACCCUCACAGGUCACAGCCAUGCACUCGCGGGGGGAACCGCGCCUGCCUGGGAAGCGAGGCUCCUACCUCUGCGUCCAGCGUGAAAGCAGACACCCCCGGACCCCAGUCCUGCUCUCCGACGUGUCCCCUGGCCGCACGGCUGGAAUGGUUGUCUGUGUUUGACUUAGUGCUCCAGUUUCUUGGGAAUAAUUUUUAGUAAAACAUCCUAGUCUUCCUUCAAAUUCUUCUCACAUUUUUCAGUUAGAAGGCAGGAGUGAAAAUGGGCUGCCAUUCGACUAUUUUUACAUCACACUGACUAGUGUUUGUGGCGCCAUGUGUCUGGGGGGCUGAUCCUUGGGGCGAGCCCAGCGGACGGGCGCUGCUGCCCUGCGCCCCCGCCCCCAGUGCAGUGGGUGGGGCAGUUCCCUACCUCUGUUCCCCCUGCCACGCCGCUGGGUAUGCAAAAUCAUUUCAGUUGAUUGUUCCGAAGCCACCGACACAAGGAUUAGCCUUUGCCACCUGUAUCAUUUGUCAUCCAAGCAGUGGUGCUGGCCAUCCAUUCUUGUCCUCCCAACAGUAGGAAGGCCAGUCCACAUGGCACACUACAGAACGGGCCAAGGACUGUCACCGCUGGCCACCUCUUCAAGUAUCACAGCAACUGGAGACGAAAGAGUGUGCAUUGAUGAGGCCAAGCUCAGUCUCUGUGCUCGGGCUUCAUCAGCCGUCUGUCUCCAUCCACUUCUCACACUGAUCGCCUAGCACCCUCUCAGCCUUUCCCGUCCACACGGCCCCUCCGAGUUUGGUUUGGUCCACUGUGAGGACACUUUGAUUUUCUCUCUGGGGAAAGACUGCCCCCUGCUGGUCUACCCUCAGUCUUGCUCCAAAACCUCUCUCUUGAUCUGUCAAGAACUUCAAAAAUGAUUUUUAAAAAAAUUAUGGGUACUUAAAAAAAAUCAAUAGCAUAAAGAAAUUUGAAAAAUGCGACUACCAUCAAAAUUUAAAAAAAUGAACUCAAAAGGCAAGUUCACCAUGAUGUAUCCAAAGAUCCAGCCUGUAGCCAACCCUGCCCCUGGAACCCAUAACACCAAAGCCCUUGGGUUCAUGGGCCCCUCCAGGAGCCAGGUGGGGACCAGAUGCCUUUCUCCUCCCUGCCCCCAUCAGGCUCCCCACCCCCCACUGCUCUGGCCCAGGGCAUCCCUUUCUGUAACCAUCCCUCCAGGUAGUGCUCAUUUUGUGCCAAUGUUGCUCAGACCUGCACCUAACAGAAUAUGCAGAAGGGACACCGCGGCACGCCUGCGGGGCACACUGGGCGUGGGGUCUUCUUGCUCAGACAGGCAGCCGAGACUUCCCGAGCGUCAUUAAAGCAGGUGGUGUCUCAGGGCCAUAUGCUCUGGUUUCUAUUUUGGAAGCUUUCAGCUGUCUUGCUUAUGCACUGUUAUGUAAAUUUGUUCUUUUAAAAAUAAAGUCAUUUUUGUUUGAUUUUUGCCUUAUUAAGUGCUCUGAAAGCCAGUUUCUGCUUCCUUGGAUUUUUUCCCCCUAGACUUUUUUUUCUCAGGGUUUACUGGGCCUGAGUUCGAAAGAGGGGACAGCAACAUAAAGCUAUGUCCUUCUCUGUCGCUGUCAUAAGUCAAUCACAUGCGAAUGUCGGUGAGUGCCGCAGUGGUCACAGGUGCGAUUAGCAGGAGGUAAGGGUGUGUCUGCAUGCUUCAACACCCUCUAACUCCUUGGUGCUACGGAGCAUCCUUUUAUGGUGAUCAUAGGUAAAUGUCACUAUGUGGCGACAGGUGAACUUUAUAGGUGUUGCUCGUUAAGGUCAUGAAAGGUAUACUGUUUGCUGAACCAAAUGGACGCGACCCUACUUCACAUCAUUACGACGAUAUGCUCUGCCCUCCAGCAUCACAAACUUGCUAUUGGAAAUGGUAUGGAAAGCUGACACUUAUUUACAAGGCCAAGGACAGAGUCCUGUUUGUACUUUGAACGGUGCGUAUUUCAUACUGAGUAGGAACCUUGGGCGUAGGCAGAUGAGACCCCCACCCGCCCUGUGGCUUCCACUCGG